AAUGAUUCCAGGAAUUCUUUCUCCUUGAACAAAACCAACAGACGGAUGAGCCGCAGUAAUUAUUCGUCUUGAAUCACUUGUGCUUGUGCCUUCGUUCAGGAUCAGAUUGAAAAUUGGACAACAGCCCGUAAUCUAGUGCUUCAAGUAUAAUCAGUUACCGUAACGGAACGACCCCGUUUCUAGAAUGAGCACAUCCGAUUUCGAAUCAGCUGCUUCGGUAGGUACAGAAUCCGAAGAAUUUCACGCGACUAAUUCUAUGCCCGAUGCUGACCGCAGCCUUGCCCAGCGGAUGCUGCUGUACGUUUACAACAGGGCGGGAAUAACGCACGCCCGGCAGCUGAUGUUCUGGGAAGAUUUCCGCUCCAGUAAUCCGGACGUAGAAAUGCAAGCUCGCGAUUUACGGGCAAUGUUCUUCGAGGAAGUUCUAAACGAUUUAGAACAUUACGACGAUUUGGCCUACGAAGUAGUACAAUAUCUCAACCCGAUUUUUAAUCAGUAUCAGCGGGGUGUGCUGGAGUUUGGUGAUUUAGCCGAAGGUGAAGAUUUCCUGCUAAAUGUGCCUCCGGGAGUCGCUGGAGGCGAGCUUAGCUUUGAAGAGAUGGUCAAUUACGUUUCGGCCCCGAUCACGGCCAGCCGCAACCUACCGAUGGUUCCGCUGAACCUGGAACUGGUUACCACUCCGCGUUCGAAACGACCAUCCCGCGAAGAUGAAAUGGCUCAACAGUUUGCUAAGCUGCUAAGUGAACUCGUUUGGACCGAAGAGGAAGCAGCAGAGAAACCGGUGUUGCCUAUCCCGGAGCUGCGGGAGCGCACCUUUGCUCUAACCAAAGCCGGAAUCUCCCUGCAGCAUCUGCUGGAACCGGGCAUGAUUGCACACACACUGCUGAGUCAGCAGUAUGAAGCUCGUGCCGAGAAGGCGGCGGAGUGCGAUCAGGUUGUCCCGGCGACUUGCGCCUCCUCCGGCAAGCGAAGUGCCGCCAAACGAUGUCAAUCGUAUGACGACUCAGGAUUGGGUCUUUCACCGAGCAAGCGUGCUCUGCUUAUGACUCCUAUGCUACCGAGUGCCAGGCGUUUGGAGCAGCAUCAUCGUCUGCGACGGCUGGUUUCGGCACCCCCGGAAUGUUAAGAACCGGGACUGGGAAUGUUGUGUAUGAUUUAUUAUUUCUUGACCUCCCUUUUUUAUUUCUAGAUUUUGAACUAGUCUAAUCACAUUGUUUACGACAUACAUAUGCAACUGUAUUCUAUUGGAAUGUGAGUUAAGUUUGAAUA